CGAUGGAAGAAGAUUCCAAAGAGGGGCUGUCUCUUUAUGAGUUAAAACGUUUAAAGAGAAUUAAGGAGAACCAAGCAUUAUUAGCUCAAUUGUUUCCAGAGGGCACAAAACUGAAGUCACCAACAAAGAAGAAAUCCAAAACUAAAGGACAGUUAUCCCCUUUACCAAUUGAUCCAUUAGUGAGUACAUGUAUUAGACGAAAAAGUAAACGCAUUAGUGAAAGAGCAUCUCGGAGAGCCUCAGAAAGAACCUUAGACAAAGCAAGUUGUGAUGACCAUUACACCGGACCAAUCACAAGAUCGAGGAAGAUCUUACUGUCCGAGUCACUCAUUCAAGCAAAGAGACGACGGAAAUCUAAAUCUAAUAAUGUGGACCAUGAUCCAUUGAGUAGAAUUAAAGCAAUCGAAAGUGACGACAGUGAACAAGAUGAUGGGCCAGAAACAACAAAGAGAUCUAGUCAUAUGCCAGAGGACCCAUUGACAAGAGAUACUAGUACACCUAGUAGAGAGAAACCAACACAAAACAGCCAAUAACAAUUGUACCAC